AUGCCGGAGUGGAACCCCCAGGUCAUGGCAAAAGCGUCCACCAACCUAAUUUUCCUACUCAAGCCUGCGGUCGAGGCGACACUGCUGCCAAAAAUUUCAGUUCUGUCUGGUAAGUCGCAAACAGACUACAGCUUCACAGAACUGGUCAACGAGCUGAACAUCGGCGGCAAAUCGUUAUCGAUUCCUCACGCGCAAUCGGUCAGAUCCAACAAGGCAAGUAUGUUGCCCGAAAUGGCUGUCACCAUAAUGGAGCGACUCUUCUUAUUGAAUGAGGAUCUGCUCUCGAUAAUGAGUCGCAUUGUGCAGCACAUGAGAAUGUACCAGUCAGGAAAAAGUAUCGCUCAGAUUUUGGCGCCCAAGAGCAGGGACGAGUCGCCAUGGCACCAAUACGGCAUCGUCGCUGCCGUCGAGGAUGCUUAG